AGAGAUCUUCAGUUGCGCGCUGACGACCGAACCGAACGGACGUGAAAAAAUAAGGAAGAAAUAGUGAGUGGUGGUGCCAACAGUGCUAAGACUGACUGAAGAAGAUUAUUCAAAUGAGGAACCGCCUAUCUGGCUGAAAGGAGUGAAACAUAUUAAACACAUUGAGUGCGGUUUGGUGAUAAUUAAAGCGAAGAGGCCCAUCCAGGGGAGACCACCCCAAAAAGCCCCCAUCGAUCGCUUCUUCGCGAGAUCGCACGAUGGGUGGUAGUGGAGUUCGCCUAACGGCGAUUGCACUUCUACUAUCGGCAACGAUAGCAACAGUGCACUCGGAACUCACGCCACCGUACUUCAACCUUGCCGAGGGUCGUAAGAUCACCGCAUCGGCCACUUGCGGUGUGGACACGGAUGGUCCCGAACUUUACUGUAAACUGGUCGGAGCCAACACCGAAAACGAGCAACAGAACCAAUUCCAGUACCAGGUCAUUCAAGGACAGGUUUGUGACUUUUGUGACCCCAGCAUCCCGGACAAGAGCCACCCGGCCGAGUACGCCACCGAUGGAACGGAAAACUGGUGGCAAAGUCCGCCGCUAUCGCGAGGCAUGAAGUACAACGAGGUCAAUUUGACCAUCGACUUUGGACAGGAAUUCCAUGUGGCGUAUCUGUUCAUCCGUAUGGGCAACUCGCCCCGUCCCGGACUGUGGACCCUGGAAAAAUCGAUCGAUUAUGGCAAAACGUGGCUACCGUGGCAGCACUUUUCCGAUUCGCCCGCCGAUUGCGAAACCUAUUUUGGGCGCGACAGCUUACGACCGAUCAUGAACGACGAUGAUGUGAUCUGCACAACCGAAUACUCGAAGAUUGUCCCGCUGGAGAAUGGUGAGAUCCCUGUGAUGUUGCUGAACAACCGUCCUUCGGCCAACAACUACUUCAAUUCGACUGCACUUCAAGAAUGGACUCGCGCAACCAACGUACGAAUCCGGCUGUUGCGUACGAAGAAUCUUUUGGGACAUUUGAUGUCAGUUGCACGGCAAGAUCCUACCGUUACCAGAAGAUACUUCUACUCGAUCAAGGAUAUUUCGAUCGGAGGUCGUUGCAUGUGUAACGGACACGCCAAUACCUGUAAUGUCCAUAAGGACCAUCGCUUGACAACUCGAAUCUUGGCUUGUCAGUGCCAACACAACACGUGUGGUAUUCAGUGCGCUGAAUGUUGCCCAGGAUUCGAGCAGAAGAAGUGGCGUCAGAACACGAACGCCCGUCCCUUCCAAUGUGAACCCUGUAAUUGUCACGGCCAUUCUAACGAAUGUAUUUAUUCGGAAGAAAUUGAUGAGAAGCAACUUUCGUUGGAUAUUCACGGGAACUAUGAAGGUGGUGGCGUUUGUCAGAACUGUCAGCACAAUACUGAAGGCAUCAAUUGUAACAAGUGCAAGAAUACGUUCUACCGCCCAUAUGGGAAGCGCUGGGAUGAAGUGGACGUUUGUCAACCCUGUAAUUGCGAUCAUUUCUAUUCUACUGGUAACUGUGAGGAAGAAACGGGUCGUUGUGAAUGCCGUCCAGAGUUCAAUCCUCCAAAUUGUGAUUCAUGUUCGUACGGACACUUUGGAUACCCGAACUGUCGUCCAUGCGAGUGCAAUCUGAAUGGAACCAUUGGUUACCACUGCGAAGCCAUCAAUGGAGAAUGUCCCUGCAAACCGAAUUUUGGAGGUGCUCAUUGCAAACAAUGUGCCAAUGGAUAUUACGACUUCCCGGAAUGUGAACCUUGUGGGUGUAAUGAAAUCGGUUCGGUUAGCGAUGUUUGCGACUUUGGAUCGGGACAGUGCCAGUGUAAGCCGAAUUUCGCUGGUCAACAUUGCGAAAAAUGCAAGAAUGGAUUCUACAACUACCCAUCGUGUACUUAUUGUAAUUGCGACAGUCGUGGAACGCUAGAUGGAGUGUGCGAUAAAGGCAAUGGCCAGUGUCUCUGUCGAGAAGGCUACGGAGGUCCUCGAUGUGACCAGUGUAUCCCCGGCUACUACAAUUACCCGGAUUGUGUUCCCUGUAACUGUUCAGGAGCAGGAAGCGUAUCUACGGUUUGUGAUGUGACUGGAAAAUGUUCAUGUCUUCCGAAUUUCUCAGGAAGACAGUGUACCAUGUGUCUUCCUGGAUACUACCAAUAUCCGGAAUGUUUGCCGUGUAAUUGUGACGUCCAUGGAUCUAUUGGUUUAUCUUGUAACAAUGAAGGACAGUGUCAGUGUGCGUAUAACUUCGAUGGGAAGACCUGCAACCAGUGCAAGGAGAGUUUUUACAAUUUCCCCGCUUGUGAAGAGUGUAAUUGCGAUCCAGCUGGAGUUAUCGCAAAGUUCGCAGGUUGUGGAUCGGUGCCUGCUGGAGAACUAUGUCAGUGCAAGGAAAGGGUUCAUGGUAGAAUUUGCGAUAAAUGUAGACCGUUAUACUGGAAUUUGAAUGCCAGUAAUCCUCAUGGAUGUCAGGAUUGUGAAUGUUUCAUCGAUGGAACAAUCGGAGCCUUGGAUACAUGUGAUACCAAAUCUGGUCAAUGUGCGUGUAAACCCUCAGUAACAGGUCGUCAAUGUUCAGAAUGUAAAGAUGGUACUUUUGAUCUUUUUGGUGCUAGUUUGUUCGGAUGCAAAGACUGUGGUUGUGAUAUUGGAGGAUCAGCCAAUAAUGUCUGUAAUAAGGAAACUGGUCAAUGUAAAUGUCACCCUAGGGUCACCGGUCGUACUUGCACAUAUCCUUUAACAACUCAUUACUUCCCAACUUUGUACCAAUUCCAAUAUGAGUAUGAAGAUGGAUACACACCAUCAGGAGCUCAAGUACGCUAUCAAUUCCAUGAAGAUGUAUUCCCAGAGUUCAGCAAACGAGGCUACGCAGUGUUCUCUGGUUUGCAAAACGAAGUCAUCAAUGAAGUUGCGAUCCAUAAAUCAUCUGUCUACCGUUUGGUCAUUCGAUACAAAAACCCAACGUCAGAGAACGUAAUUGCCCAGAUUCUUAUAACUCCGGAUAAUCCUACAGAACUUGAACAAAAGGCAAAGGUUCUAUUUAAGCCAAACUCGUAUCCUGAGUUUGUUACUGUCUCAGGGGCAAAGGGUGAAAUACCAUCUCCUGUAGUGUUGGACCCCGGGCGGUACACAAUUGGCAUCAAAACUGAAAAGAAUGUCUUCUUGGAUUAUUUUGUACUACUUCCGGCCGCAUACUAUGAAGCUUCGAUUUUGACCAAGAAGAUUGAGAAUCCUUGUGAGUUUACCGAUCUAGAGUUGUGUCGUCAUUUCAAGUAUCCGAAUAUUAUUGAAUUCAAACCACAAGUGGAAGCACACAUCGUAGAAGGAGAUGAUUCGUUCAAACCAGGAGAAUAUUUCAAGGACUACGAGCACUUGGAUAUCAUCAAAGAAGAAAAUCUCCCGCUACUGACGGUCGAUCAGAAUGAGCUUAGCUACGCAUUGGAUGUGCCACGACCUGGUCGCUACGUCUUGGUUGUAGACUAUAUCACCAAUCGAAACUACCCAGAAAUUUCCGUUCUUCAAAUCAAUCAAAUGGGAGACAUUGAACAAGAUGGCACUGCUACAGCAUAUCCUUGUACCUACACAACAGUUUGCCGUCAACCAGUGAUCGAUAAAGAAUCCCGUGAAAAGGUAUUCUACAUUGACCCCAAUAACCGAAAACCAAUAACCGUUUCUAGCCAAGAACCUACUGGAGCGGUUGCCAUCAAAUCCAUUACCGCUAUUCCAUACGAAGAAUGGUCCACCGAUUAUAUCAGCCCUAAUCCAGUUUGCAUUAUGCAGAAGGGAAAAUGUGUAGUCACUACUUAUCGGACUGCUCCAGACUCGAAAAAGAUUGAGUUCGAAUCAGACAAUGAUGAACGCAUUGCUGAGACCAAUCCCAGCGAUCUUUCAGACGAAUCGACUAAACUCAUCUACUUGGAUAAGGAUGAACCGGCUCUUAACAUUAAGGCCAAGGUUUCGCAUCCCGAUCGUUAUGUGGUUAUUGUGAAAUUCUAUCAACCAAACCAUCCUACGUUCAACAUUCAAUAUAGAAUCGAGAACGACCGACAGAACUACGAUGGUAAACUACUACUAAGGCAUUGCCCUGCUAACUCAGGUUGCCGUGAAGUAUUGAAACAAGAUAAUGGAUACAUCUGGUUCGAUUUGGACGAUACGUUUGACUUCACUUUGUUGAGCAGUGUCACGAAGGGAGUUUGGCUUGAUUACAUUCUGUUGGUUCCAGCUGAUCAAUUCCAUGAAGAUCUCCUCCAAGAAGAAACCUUUGAUCAAACCAAGGAAUUCAUCCAAAAAUGUGGCCAAGAUCAUUUCCACAUUCAGCUGAACGCAAGUGAUUUUUGUAAGGAAGCUGUUUUCUCGCUCACAGCAGACUACAAUACCGGUGCCUUGCCGUGUAAUUGCGAUUACUACGGUUCUAAUAGCUUUGAGUGCGAACAGUUCGGAGGUCAAUGUGAUUGUAAGCCUUUCAUCAUUGGGCGUCAGUGUGAAGCUUGCAAGACUGGCUACUAUGGAUUCCCUGAUUGUAAGCCUUGCGAUUGUCCAUCGACGGCUCUUUGCCAGAAGGAUACCGGAGAGUGCAUAUGUCCAGAUCGUGUAACUGGUGAAAAGUGUGACCAAUGUAUGCCUUAUACUUUCGGGUAUGAUCAAAUCAUUGGCUGCGAGGAGUGCAAUUGUCAUCCAUUGGGUGUUGCAAACAACAAUCUUCAGUGCGAUUUGGAGAGUGGCGUGUGCGAUUGUAAGUCGAACGUGGUUGGACGAUCUUGUGACCAUUGCCAGUUUGGAUUCUUCAAUUUCCCGUAUUGUGAACCUUGUAAGUGUGAUAUCCGAGGAACUACCUUCGAGAUCUGCGACCAGAAUGAUGAAACUUGCUUCUGCAAGAAAAAUGUUCAAGGUCGGGAGUGUAAUCAGUGUGUGGAUGGAACGUACAAUUUGCAGGCUUCGAAUCCUGAGGGCUGUACAAAGUGUUUCUGCUUCGGACACACUUCAGUUUGCGAAACGGCCUUCCUUCGACCUUUCAACGUUAGUAUGAUGAAGGAUGUAUCACUGAACACCAUUAAAUUAUCAGGUGGAAAGCCACAAAUUUCUCCUUGGAUAGUACAUGGUGAUAUCAUGAUCAACGAAACAUCAGCUGAAGUAGCAUUGAGUGAUGUGGACAACGAAGAAUUACUUUCUGGCCUGGCUUAUUUCGGCAUGUUGGACCAUCUCUUGGAUUUAAACAGUCAUAUCACAGCAUAUGGUGGAUAUUUGACGUACAAAAUCUUCUAUACAAAUGGAUUGUUUGGAUCAUCGUUGAUUGGACCUGACGUUAUUUUGGAAGGUAAAAAUAUGGUUGUGACUCAUCAAAGCAUUGAGCAGCCAGCGUCGAACACUUUGUUCAACGGACGAGUUCAAAUGGUUGAGACGAACUUCCAGACUGCUUCCGGAGGACCUGUGACUCGUGAACAGUUUAUGGUGCUGCUUAGAGAUCUCAAGGCAAUUUACAUUCGUGCUUCCUACUGGGAAAAUGGUUUGUCUACGGUUGUCUCCGAUGUAAGCUUGACCAUGGCUCAUGAUGAUCCUGGAAAUUACAAUAUGUAUGAGGAGUUAUCCGUAGAGCGCUGUUCGUGUCCUCCAGGAUACACCGGAUUAUCAUGUGAAGAUUGUGCUCCAGGCUACUACCGUGAUCCAAAUGGGCCAUAUGGAGGCUACUGUGUACCCUGUCAAUGUAAUGGUCAUGCCGAAACCUGCGAUUGCAACACGGGCAUAUGUAGCGAGUGUCAGCACUACACUACCGGCGAUCACUGUGAGCUGUGCGUUGAAGGAUACUACGGCAAUGCUACCCGUGGUUCUCCAAAUGAUUGCAUGAUAUGCGCCUGCCCCCUGCCGGUUGAUUCCAACAAUUUUGCUACCACUUGUGACGUUUCAGAGGACGGCUAUGAAAUUCAUUGCGAAUGUAAACCUGGUUACACUGGCGAGAAAUGCCAAAGUUGUGCUCCUGGAUUCUUCGGACAGCCUGAAGUGGAAGGUGAAGUGUGCAGACAAUGUGAAUGCUCCGGUAAUAUCAACCCGGAAGAACCCGGAUCUUGCGAUUCUGUGUCAGGUGAAUGUUUACUUUGUCUGAACAACACUUUUGGCCGAGCUUGCAAUUUGUGUGCGCCUGGAUUUUAUGGAGACGCAGUCAAUCUGAAGGAUUGUCAGAGCUGUAUUUGUGACGCUGUAGGAACAGAACAUUGCGAUAAUUUCAUAGGUACCUGUAACUGUUACCCGAAUGUAAUUGGUGAGAAGUGUGAUCGCUGUGAGGAUGAUCACUAUGACUUCGAAUCCGGACGUGGAUGCACGCCAUGUGAUUGUGGAAUUGCUUCCAAUAGCACCCAGUGCGAUGAUCAUACUGGAAAGUGUGCUUGUAAACCUGGUGUUACUGGCCGACAAUGUGACCGAUGCGAACCAGGCUACUGGAAUUAUACUGAAGAUGGGUGUCAACCAUGUUCCUGUAACACGGAUUACUCCAGAGGUUUGGGAUGUAAUGCACUGACUGGACAAUGUGAGUGUUUGUCUGGAGUUGUUGGGGAGAAGUGUGAUUCUUGCCCGUAUCGUUGGGUAUUGAUCCCUGACACAGGCUGCCAGGAGUGCGAUGGAUGUCAUCAUGCUUUGUUGGAUGUGACUGAUGAGCUGAAAGAAAUUAUCGACCCGGUCCUGCAAGACAUUAAAACUGUUGCAGAUGAUUAUUACACAUCUCAGAAAUUGAAAUACUUCGAUGAUCUGGUAGAUGAGAUCGAGCCCGCUGUUCGAAAACUAGACCCACAUGGAGUUAAUCUUAAUCCACCAAGACAAGAAGUAGAAGCAUUAGAGAUGGAUGUAAAGAACCUAGAUCGUCGCAUUCAAUAUUCUGAUGUUAAUGAUCUAUCAUCAAAGAGCGGAGAUUUGUUGAAGGGAUCUUCUGACAUUUUAGAUUCAUGUCGGUUUGUGAACAUCAAUACUCGAAACACAAUCUCCGAAGUUGAGAAAUUGGCUGAAAACUUGGGUAAGUCCGAAACUCACAAACUGGAGCAGGCCCAUGCAGAAGCUCUCAACUAUCUUCAACUGAUCAAACAGUAUUCAGCUACCCCUGGAAGUCUGAACGUUCAACUAGAAAACGCUACUGAAUUACUUGCGAAGGUAGAAGAGUUUGCUCUUCCUGUCCACAGUCAACAGGAAAGGCUUAACAAGCUCAUGCACAGCAUUGGGGAAUUCGAUGUUAAGUUGGAGGAUUUGUACAACUGGAGUCUUAAAAUUGAAGAAGAAAGUCGUGCAACAGCCAAGUUGAACAACAAGAACAAUGGCGCUUUGGAUUCUAAGUUUGAAACUGUUGCCGCUCAGCACAAGGAAGCUAAGGAUAACAUUGAAAAUGCUAAGAAUCUGCUGGAUGAUUCCUCCAAGAUAAGCCUGGAUAUUUUCACAACUCACACCGAGCUGGAUCAUGCCAACUCUGAACUGAAGCAACUCAACAGUAAAGUAGAUCAAGAGUUGCCCGAAAAUGACAGAGAGUAUCAGGAUCUUGUUCCGAAGAUUGAUACUGCCAAGGACUAUGCCGCAAACUUGAAGGAUGAAGCCUCCCGUCUAACAGCUAACUAUUCUAAUGUGACAGCAAACUCUGAAACUGCUUUGAAGGCGGCUACGGCAUACUCCAAGAUCGUUGAUGCAGUUAACGAAGCAAAAGUGAACGCAGAUCAAGCUGACGUUCUGGCACAGAAUGUUACAGAAUUGACAAAGGGAGUUGAUGAACGUGCUGGAGAAUCGGACAGUGACUCACGCGAGUUGCUUAACGAUGCUAUGAAAUCAUUGCUCUCCCUGCAGUCCGAAUUGGAACCACACAUCAACAAGUCUGUUGGAACUGUAGAUCAUAUAAUGACGUCCAAUAAAGACAGCGAUGAUGUAUUGUACUCAAUCAAUCAGUCUCUUGACGGCAUUCCAGAAGAAUCUCACACAAAUAACUGGGAAAAUGCUAGAGAUCAGGCAAUUGAUGCCCAGGAAAAUUCACAAAAUGCUAUCAAAAUCUUGGAUCCAAUCAUAACGGAUCUACCGAAGAGCUCGUACUUGGCUAGACAACUUCCACAGGAAAUCGAUAGAACUAACAAAAGUAUCCAGAUGGCCGCAAGUCAGAUUGACCAGUAUAAGAACAUGAUUCCGAAAGUUUCAAUGAUGGUGGACGAAGUGGAACAGAAACAAGACAUGAUAGAUUCAAUGGUGAGCGACAUUGGCGAUCGUUUGGAAUCACUCAAGAAACAAAUAGCUAGUGCAAGAUCUUUGGCCAACAGCAUCAAAUUUGGUAUGACGUUCCAUCCAAACACCACAUUGGAGGUUAAACCUCCAGAGGUACUUUCUCAAAUGGCUUCCAACUCAACCGUAUCGGCCUAUUUCAAGACAAACAAACCGGAAGGCUUCCUAUUAUAUUUGGGUAACGAAGUGAAACCGGAUGCAAAGAAGAGUUCACGUGAUGAUUACAUGGCUUUGGAAAUUGAAAAUGGUUAUCCAGUUUUGUCCAUCGACUUGGGUAAUGAUCCAGAGAAGGUGAUCAAUCCAAAAUACGUAGCAGAUGAUAAAUGGUAUCAGGCUAUUAUUGAUCGAAGCGGAAACAAUGUCAAACUAACUAUCCGAGAAGAGCUAGAGAAUGGAACAGAGAUGAUCCAUCCUAAAGAGCAGACUCUUCCGGGGGCUUACAAUGUGUUCAACGUAGAUCAGAACAGUAAACUAUUCGUUGGAGGGUAUCCACCAGAGUACAAUAUGCCCAAUGAUGUUAAAUCAGGUGGAUUCGAUGGACAAAUUCAAGACUUGCAAGUUGGAGGAGAACACGUUGGGCUAUGGAACUUUGUACAAGCACAAAACGUACAAGGAGGAAGAGAGCGAGAUAAGCUGCUGGAUGAGGAUAAGCCAACAACAGGAUUCCGUUUCGGUGGUAAUGGAUAUGUUAUGGUGGAUGCAAAGUCAUAUUCGUUUAAGCACCGUUCACACAUUCAGUUCAGAUUCAAGGCAACUCAAGAUUCGCAAGAUGGCUUGCUAUUCUAUGCUGGUAGAAAUAGACAUUUCAUUUCAAUUGAGAUGAAGGAUGGACGAAUUGUCUUCCAGUUCAAACUUGGUCAACAUGCAGAAAUUGUAACAAUUGGUUCUGGUCACGGUUUCAACGAUGAUGCUUGGCAUACUGUUUCAGCAGAACGGGAUGGAGCUAUUGGAAAACUGACAGUUGAUGGCAAUGUAGUAUAUCAGGAGGCAUCUAACGCGCAGGCUGAUAGAACUGUUGAACCGUUGAAGAUAUCCGAAUCUAUGUUCUUCGGUGGAUAUCCAGGCAAGAUCAAUCACUCAGAGGUGACGACAAAGGGCUUCGAUGGAUGCAUCGACGAUGUGUACAUCUUGGGAACUAAGGUGGAUUUGAGUAUUAAUCAAAAGGCUUUGGAUAUACGUCCAGGAUGUCCAAUGAAAUUCUCAUCACUACUCUCGUUCCCACCGCACCAAUUCGGAUACGUAAGCCAACCGGGAGUUGCAUCAGCCAACGGCCUUCAGGUUAACAUGAAGUUCAAGACACACCAAGCCUAUGGAGUUUUGUUCUACACUGCAAACGAUGAUCAAAGCGCAACAUUCGGAUUGACAUUGGAGGAUGGCGCAUUGGUUCUGAGAAGCUCGAGAAAAGAACUUUCCACUGGAAAUCAUCGCUACAAUGACGGUGAAUGGCAUGCUGUUACAGCAACACAAGAGAACUAUCGAUGGUCGUUGGUAGUUGAUGACAGCGAUCCAUUUGUUUCUGAUGAAGAACCUCGACCAUUGGACAUUGUAAGCGGCGAGAUUUACUUUGGAGGUUUACCAAAGAACUUCGUUACUCCAAAGUAUGCUAUCGCUACUCCAGCAUACUUCUGGGGAUGUAUUCGAGAUGUUACGGUUAAUGGACAGAUAGUAAACUUUGCGAAUCUGAAGGACAAGAAAUCAGCUGUUCUGGAUCAAUGUUCGAAGGACAUCUUUGCUGUCGGCCCGAGCGAAGUUCCUCUAUACUAUCCGGAUGGAGGAAGUGAACCGGUUGUAUUCACAUCGAGAAUUGAUACUGAUGACCGUAAACCAGAAGACAGAGAAAAUGAAAUUGAGCCAGAUACCACGGAGACCUGGGAAGACAAAGAGGAAUUGCCGGAUCUGCAUGAAAUCACUACGAUGACGCCAGCCACGACAACACAGUCUACAACAACUUCAACUACCACAACCAAACGUCCUAGACCACCGCCCGAAAAACCAGAACCCACAUGUAAACUUCCAAUCGUACCCGACCAAGACGUUGACUUUGAUGCUGGUUACCGCUUUGGUACCGGACCAUUCAGUCAUAUUGAGUUCAACGAAAUUCCACAGAAGAUUAAGAAGCAAUACGAGUUCUCACUUUCCUUCAAAACAGAAUUCUCCGAAGGAGUUCUGUUCUAUGCAGCUGAUUCUCGACACACCGAUUUCAUCGCUUUGUAUCUGCGGGAAGGAAAAGUGUUCCAUUCGUUCAACUGUGGUUCCGGAUCGGCUAAUAUCAGCUCAGAGCGAAGAUAUGACGACAAUGAAUGGCACACUGUGCACUUCUCACGCUUCCAUAACAAGGGCAAAUUGGUCGUCGAUAGCGAAGAUGAAGUUCAUGGAGAGUCGGCAGGUAAUACCAGAACUAUGCAAGUUCAGGCUCCAUUCUUUGUUGGAGGUGUCUCUGGUGGCGAACAUUACGAGGAUGUUGCUCUUAAUCUGAAGAUAGACAAAAACAUUUUAGAGCGUGACCAAUUUGUUGGUUGCAUCAUGGAUAUUCAAGCGUUCAACAGACCUCUUGGUACACCUUCCAACAUAACACAAACCAUCCCAUGCUCUUCACAAAUAGAGACUGGAUUGUUCUUCGGCAAGGGAGGUGGUUUCGUGAAACUAAGAGAAAAAUUCAAGGUGGGCACCGAGUUAACCGUCAGCAUGGAUAUCAAACCACGAUCAACGACUGGUUUGCUGAUGUCCGUCCAUGGUAAACGUGCCUUCUUCGUACUGGAGCUGGUCAAUGGAAACAUCAGCUUAACGGUCAACAACGGAGAUGAACCGUUCACUGCUAUGUACAUACCAGAUCCAAGUGAAAAUCUGUGUGACGGCCAGUGGCGUACAAUUACGGCGAUCAAGUCGUUCUACGUUAUUACCAUCAAGGUAAAUGACGUCAGCUCCAACCCGGCGAUUGGAGAUGCCCGAUCUGGAUCGACGGACACCACCAGACCACUGUUCCUCGGAGGACAUCCUCAUCUUCAGAGGAUCCGAGGUCUCACGGCUCGUGAACCCUACCAGGGUUGCAUCCGUAAUGUGGUAAUCCGCAACCAGCAGGAGCAAAUCACACCAAAAAUGUCGGUAGGAAACGUCCAAACCGGUGUUUGCCCUACCAUUUAAUUUUUACUUUAAGAGAAACUAAUAAUCUGAAUUUACACUGCCUCACGAUUAACGCGAUGAAGAAUUGACUUUUUGCAUUCGUAUAACGGACUAAUGAUUUUUGGAUUACGACUACGAUGACAAAACACGAUUUUCCGGUUUACCUAUGAUGACGACUUUUGGCUUCGCUUGCAAGGAACAGACUAAACAAAAACUUUUUUCAUUUAUUCAUUGAAUUCUACUCCACGGACAAAUAGACAAACACAUUCAAACCAACUACAAUUUCAACCCGUCAGUAAAAAUUGUGUAAAAUGAAAUACGAUAAGAGUGCUACGUCUGUUUGUCUGUGCAUUAUGGCAAUUGGCAUUUAUCUAAAAUAGUGCAGCAGUGCAAUAAACGAUCAAUCCCAGUGACUUUUUCAAAUUUGUAGUAGGUGCUGGCCUUUUCAUACCACAUAUAAAACCAUCUCAAGUGCAGGUGAUUAACUUGAAAACUGAACUUAACUGAAAAAUUAACAAAAUAAAAUCUCUGAAAUAACUUUUAGAAAAAAAAAAUACAAAACGACAAGUUUUUAAAUUGUUUUUCAAAUAACUAGCUCUGAUAUUGACAUGUUAUUCCAAGAGAAAUUUUGUGUCUCCAGUUCUAUGAGAUCUUUGAAAUCAAAGUAUGAUAACAAGCUCAGCCUUCAAGAAUUGAAUUUGUCAUAAUUUAUUCAUUUAUUCCUACCCAAUAUCCCUCGUAUGGUAGACACUACUCAAAAAUAUGGCCAGUAAUUUUCAAAUUCAGUACCGUAAUUUCGGGUGAAAUUGAUCAUUUUUCAGGGUUUUUCUUGUCUGAUUUCUAUAAUGUUGGCAAUGCCAAACAACUGAAUGCGGAAAAACAAGUACGAAGGUGAGCCUCAUUGGCUCUAGUACCGAAAUUUUCUACCAAAAGUAAUUUUAGUGCUAAAAAAUAUCUCUAAAAUAAAAAAUCGGGUGAUGUCAUUUCGGGGUGAAAUUGAUCACUUAUCAAUGCGAUAAUUGUUAGUUUUCAAAACAACUCUACAUAAUAAAUUUGAGCUCCCGGAAUCCGAAUAUGCUUGCUAAAUUCUUAACAAUACAAUAUUUAUCGAAAUAAUUAAUAAUUAAAUUUCAAGAAUUCCACAGAAAACGCCUAAAUGUAUGCAAUUUCCUAAGGAAUUUCCUGAUAUCUAACAGAAAUUCAAUUAUUUCAAUCAAAUGGGCGAAUUGGUACGAGUUUUGGUUAUGAAAUCUGGUUUGGGGAUAUAUCUUAAUUAUCCUCACAAACUUUCAGGAUUAUACCAUGUUCAAAUCCUUGUCUAGAACUAGAAGUUUAGAGAUGUUAGUCAACACUGCACCAAACAUGAUUUUGGAAUUUUUCAUUAUUUUCAUAGAAAUACACAUUCUUUAACGCAAAAAACUACGCAACACACAAUUUGACAAUACUUACGUCAAACAAGGUUCAUUUACUGCAGGUUACAUUGAUAUUUGUGCUCCAUUAGGAAGAAAUAAAAUCGAGUGACACGGUGAUCAAUUUCACCCUACUGAUCAAUUUCACCCGAAUUUACGGUACGUAAUGGAUAAAAUUCCCAAACUGUUGUAGAAAUAGUAAGACAAUAUUGAAAUAUUGAGAUGACAUAAAGUAUGCGCUACUCAUAAUUGCAUGUAUGUAACAUUUGCUUGUUUGUCGAAAAAGUAAUUUCCACGAUGAUACCUAAUCAACAAAUAUCAGACUUCCAAAGAAUCAAUGUUUACUGAAAUAAAAAAAGGUAAUUUUUCACAUUAUUCAUUCAAAUCAAACACGUGGACCCCAAACAGAAUGUUUAUAAAAAUGUUACAAACUUGCGGUUAUGUGCAGUACGGUGACAGCCUCAAGUGCCUUGAAUAUUAGUCACCAGGACAUUAAUAUAUCUUUCUCUAUGUGUGCCAUGUUACAAACUGUAUCUUAUCUUUCUAACUUCCAAUAAACUAUUUUUCACCCGCAA